AUGAGGAAAAAUUAUUGCGUAGUUUGUAAAAAUCCAGAAGUUUUGACAAAUAAAAAAACUGGGGAAGAAUUAAAAUAUUGUUCAAAAAAAUGUAGAAAAGUUUCCGUCAAAAACGGGUUAUUAGAAGCAUGUAUUAACUGUGGAAUUUACCCUAAAUUAUUAGAAUAUGACGAUUUACUCGAAUAUUGUGACGAUGAUUGUAAAUUAGAAUUGAACAAAACAAAACCAACUACUACUCAAAAGAAAUCGAAUGAUCGAAGAAAACAAGAUAGCGGUUACGGUGAAGAUGAUGAUUUACCUCCAACUUAUUACCCACCCUAUGGUUUAAAUAAAUCACCUGAUUAUACUUAUUAUCAUAAUGACUUUGAAAAUGAAAAGCAAAAUCAGACAAAUCAUUCAUUAUCGUCUUCAUACUCAAGUCAUUACAAAGCUACUUCUACUUCAUCUUACGCGAACGAAUCUUACUCGGCUGUUCCGGCUGUUGCGCCUACUCCACAAAUCAUUUACGUUCAUGCUCCACCACCUCCUCCACAAAUAAUUCACAUUCAUCACAAUCACAUUCCGCCUCAACCUAAUGUCUAUCCGAAUCACGUUAUUCAACCUCAUAAUAAUCAGAAUGGAAAAAAUUCCACCAUGAAUACAGUGGCUAAAAUUGGCGGUAAAAUUGCAUUGAGUGUUAUUACGGGUGGUAUUUCUGAUAUUAUUACUGGACAAUUCUAA